GUCCUUACUUCGCAGCUUGGCUCUCCACCUUGUUAUUUCUCUGGAAAGAUGGUAUUUGUCGGGUGGUACCGGUGGAGUGUGGUUGCCUUUCAAGCUCGCCCCACGACUUCGCGGCAACAGGUCUGCCGCCUGCGAACUGCACCAACUGGCUUCAUCCGUUGCCAGGAGGGUCAGCGCACGCUCAGUCCCAACACUACUCCUUAAUUUUCACGGUACACCACCUGCACUCGGGGGUAGAUACCAUAAGAAACCAGACUUCCUCACGAGCCAUCACUGACACUAUCAUCGAGUGAUAACCAUUCUUCGCCAUCGGCAUCGUCAUCGUCAUCAUCUUCGUCUCGUUGUUAGAACUCAAAUAUUCACCGGUCAAGGCAGACAACAUGGAUGAUUCCGAGGAAGUCGGUACAAUCGUUGAACUGUACAUCUACGAUCUGACGAAAGGAAUGGCUGCUGUGAUGUCACAAAUGCUGAUAGGAAGGAAUCUUGAGGGAAUCUGGCAUACAGCUAUAGUUGCCUAUGGACGCGAGUAUUUUUUCGGACCAACUGGUAUUCAAAGCGUUCGUCCGGGUGGAACUGAACUUGGUGAGCCAUUGAAGGUGGAGAAAGUUGGUGAUACCUAUCUUCCAUAUUCAGUGUUCCUUGAAUACAUUAACGGUCUUGGUACCUCGAAAUUUGCACCUGGGACUUACGACCUGUUCAAACACAACUGCAACUGUUUUACUGACGAAGUGAGCAACUUUUUGGUCGGAAAAGGCAUCCCUAAAUACAUUCUUGAUCUACCGGAAGAAAUACUUAGCACGCCAAUAGGACAAGCUCUGAGACCCUUGAUAGACACAUUAAGUAACGGAGCUAGUUCAGGCUUUUCGAGUGGUCAAAGAUUCGUCGAACCUAGAAUUCAUCGAGAGGAAUCACCUGAUUUUCAACGCCUGAAUUCAGCUAUCGAAGAAGCGAGAUUGAACUCAAUAGCUUUGGAGGAAAGGAGGAACGUAAUCAACGAGAAGUUGGCAAAGAAAGAGCGAAAGAAAAAAAAGAAGAAGAAGGAGAAGAAAGACAAGAGCAGUAGCGGUAGCGGAAGCAAUAGCACUGAACCAAGCAGCUAUAACGCAGCAAUGGCAGAAAGUGAGAGUGUAAUUAGUGAAAUUCAAUCUACCAAUGGCGACACCGGUGCGGAAAUGUUGCCAUCGGACAGAGUGUUACAAAUGGAAGCAGAUGAACGACGUGAUAUUGAAGAAAAAAAACGCCAACGUGAUCCACCUGUAGUUUUCAAAGAUACAGUGGACGCGAGGGUUGACUUUGACGCUUUGGUUGGCCUGGUCGAUGGUAAACUGAACGAAGCUGAACAGAAGAGCCUCGAGGAACUUCACCAGUAUGUGCUGGAAGAUGAAGGCUCUUGGGCACUGGGAGAUAAUUUCCUGAAUUUCAUAGGACGUUUGCUCUACGAUAAAUCCCUCGAUGCAGCAGUUAGAGUGCGACUUUUGAACGUACUGGCAGUUGCAGCUCUGAAAGACGAUGUCAUUUUACUUUUACACCAAGAUCGCAGAGAACAUAUUCUGAUGAAUUAUGCUUUUGACAUUGAUCGUCACCCACACGAAGAACAACUCUCCUUAUCAUUAUUUAUGGCAAAUAUGUUUGAAAAUCUAAGCAGUUCAGAAUGGCUCUUGUACAUUUCUGAAUGGCCCCAUCAAAACCAGAACAUCAGCAAUAUCAGAGUGACAACGAAAGUCGCUGUACACUCGCUUCUCUCCGAAACCCCUGAAUUACAAGAACGAGGCGCAGCGAUCAUUCACAACCUUGCUUGCAAGGAGAAAAUGAACAAAAGCAAAAAUCUUCGGCAACUUUUACCAAAAGGCAGCAUUUCUAAGGUGUUCGAUGACGUAGCCGUUGAGCUGACAAUGGCACUUCUACAGUACUUCAACAGCAAUCCAUCCGAGGAGCAACUAUUCCGUUGUAUGAAAGCACUAGCUCGCUUUACGCAAAUCAGCGGACAGGAAGUACCGCAACUAAUUCAAAUGAUUGGCCCAGAACCGAGCAAGUUUCGCGGGGUCUCUCAAAGGGUGGAUGAACUAGUAGACCAAAUCAAUAAGAAACUGCGUUAAAUUUAUUAUAAAUUGGACAAAAUAUAUAAUAUAAUUUGGGUUACAUUAAAUUAUGGUUCUUGAGAUGAUACUAUUAGUUAAAAAGGACGCCCUGUGAUUAACAGGACGUCAUUUUAAACAAAUUAUUAUAAUAAUAAAUUAACUGAUAUCAAUUACACGGUUGUACAUUAGAUUAAAAAAAAAAAAAAACUCACUGCGA